CAUAUUAUUUCUUCAUUAGAAUAGCAGUUUGAUAAACUAAAAUGUCUUACGGAAGAGCAAACCAGCAAUGGUCAACAUUCUCACGCAUGUGGUAUAUUAUUAAUGCAUACAAACAACCACCUGGUAAAAUAGCAAGCAUAACAGCACGAUAUCUUGAAGGCCGACAUAAACCUAUCUAUCAUCCGAUGAGUGACUGUGGAGAUCAUGUUGUAAUUGUCAAUACGAAAGAAAUUGCUUAUGCUGGGAAUAAGUGGGAACAAAAGGUAUUUUCAAGUCACACUGGAAGAAAGAAGGGAUUUCUGCAAAUGCAAGCUUAUGUUAUUCAUGGAUUAGAUCCAACAUGGAUUGUGAGAAAAGCAGUCUACAGUGCGUUACCAAAAACUAGUAUGAAACAUAGACGCGGAAUGUUCACAAGAGCUCAUUUUUUUGAAGAUGAAAAUGUACCAGACGAUAUUUUGCAAAACAUUGUUGGGGAAAUUCAAGCACCUCGAAGAAUCCCUAAAUCUAUUCAAGAAUAUUCAGAAGAAGAAAUUAAAACCUUUCCUAGAUUAUGGAUUCCUCCACCUGAUCUUAUAUUAGACUGAUCAGAAAAAUUAUUUUUACUUGGCUUUAUUUUGCCAAUAAUGGUAUCGCGCAUGGUAUUCUACCAACCACAAUGGUAGCACUG